GUGGCAUAUUACAAAUGUACACACGUCUAAUACCUAUACACUACUUAAUCUAAACGUACAAAAUAGAAAGAAGAGGAAAUAUCCCACGCAACGCUCUAUAAAAACCCCAACCCUAGCAACAUUUUCUCCACUAAAACUCCUUCAUCGCUUCCUUUGUCCUCCAAAAAUCUCUCUGUUUCUCUGUCUACACCCGAGAGAAACAGCAAACAUGGACAAGAAACCGUGCGACGGCAGUGGUAAGUCCCAAGAUGUGGAGGUGAGAAAAGGGCCGUGGACGAUGGAGGAGGAUCUCAUCCUCAUCAACUACAUAGCGAAUCACGGCGAAGGUGUUUGGAACUCCCUAGCCAAAGCUGCCGGUCUAAAGCGUACCGGGAAGAGUUGUCGGCUCCGGUGGCUGAACUAUCUGCGACCCGACGUCCGGAGAGGCAACAUCACUCCUGAGGAACAGCUCUUGAUCAUGGAACUGCAUGCUAAGUGGGGAAACAGGUGGUCAAAAAUUGCAAAGCAUCUUCCCGGAAGGACUGACAAUGAAAUAAAGAACUUCUGGAGGACUAGAAUCCAAAAGCAUAUCAAACAAGCAGAGGCUUUCUCUGGUCAGAGCUCCGAGAUGAAUGAUCAAGCAAGCACAAGCCAAAUGUCCAGCAUGCCAGAGCCGAUGGAGACCUACGACUCGUCGCCAUCAUUCCAAGGCAACAACAACAUGGAGGCUUUCCCGGCGAACUUGUCGGUCGAGUCGAAUGAAGCCUACUGGAGCAUGGACGAUCUCUGGUCUAUGCAGUUGCUUAGCGGGGAUUGAUCGCGGGCGACAUACGAUGCAACAGCCGAAAUGGGUCGACUACAAUAAUAGUUAGGUUUGUUUACAUAAGAAGGACACUAGCUUUUAUCUCAUAUAUAUAUCUAUCUACAUGCAUGUGCUUAAUUUAGAAGCUAUCUACAAAUAUGUGCAUGAGUUGUAAACGAAACUGCCAUCUGUAGUUUGCAUCACCGCCUAUGUAAUGACUGAAAUAAUGAAGAGAGUAUUUGGCU